CACAGAUAAAAGGCUUGUUUUGAUAUAAGUGUUUGUAAUAUGACUAAAAAAUUAAUUAAAAUAUGAUUCUGUUAUAUGUUGAAUAAAAUGUCAAAGGGAAAAUUACUGGACCUCCCACUAUCCCUCAGAAUUGAUUGUGAAAAAGAUGUCUUGUGUUGCAAAUAUUCUCCGAACAAAGAAUUUUUUGUAGCAGGGCACAUGGAUGGCAUCAUACGGGUUUAUAGUGCCUAUGAUGGAAACCUGAUCAAUAAACUAGUCAGGCCAGACAUAACAGAAGAUUUACCUGUGACAAGUGUUCAGUUCCGACUCAACGCUCACAAUUCCCAGGCAUCAGCUCUCUUGUCAACAUAUACUGAUGGAAGAGUACUAAUCUGGGACUAUGAGAAUGGCAAAGUUCUUCUCGAUUUAAAAGAGAACAGGCAAGUUCUCGGAAGUGCUUACCACCCAAAACUCAAUAAGUUCCUUACUGUUGGUGACAACGCUGCUAUCUAUCUCUACAAUGCAGAAACAGGACAGAGAGAACAAACCUAUGAGAAAGGCACACUGUCGGAUGUUGUAGAUGGUCACACCUCUCGGGUGUUCACUGCUGUGUUCCAUCCUCAACAGACGUCAGAGUUUGUGUCCGGAGGUUGGGACAGUGUGGUGCACUUCUGGGACCUCCGCACUCACCACUCCAUACGCUUCAUCAGAGGCGUCCACAUGUGCGGCGAGGGACUGGACAUCAGCAAAAGUGGACGAGAGUUAUUGACCUGUUCGUACUCAAAAGACAAUUCUCUUCAACUUUGGCACUACCAACAGGGCAGACUGCUUGCCAAUAUUGAACCUGAUUUAUUCAAAUGUCAGUUGUAUUGUGGGCAAUGGGUAACAUCUGAUACUAUUAUUGUUGGGGGAACAGAUCCUAAUCUCCUUCGAGUUGUAUCUUUGAAGAGUUUAUCAACAAUCAUGCACUAUAAGGGGAACUCGUCAGGAGUAUACUGCCUUGACCACUAUAUAAAGACCUCAAAAGCAGGCAAGAAGGAUAGUGUUGGAGAUAUAAGGACUGUGUACUCCAUUGACAAAUUGUUGAUACAAUCUGAUUUUAUGUUAAAAUAAAGCUGUUUUUAUACCGUA